UUGUAUCCAAUAUAUAUAUGGAUAUAACAAUAAUAAUAUUGAUUAGCACUGUACGGAUCUUAACCAAAGAACAACCAAUUGUUCGUUUGGUGCGAACACUUCGUUAAUAUGUUUUGCAGUAAAACCUGAAGUGACGAUAACCGUUUUUCAAAACUCAAGUAAAAGAAAAGAUCGAAUGAGUAUACAGGUAAGACAGGGUCAUUACGUGCAACUAAAAUGUCAGGAUAAAUCUGAAGAAAAUGAACAUGCCGAGAUGACAUGGCUCUUUAAUGGGAUGUUAUUACAAAAUGAUUCAAACAAGGUUGUGAUUGAACAAAUAAACCCUGACAGAUCUGGCGAGUAUACCUGCAUAAUAAGAAAUAAAGCUGGUACAGACUAUGAAGCUGUAAAUAUAACUGUAACUUAUUUUCCAAUUGUUCGAUGUGAAAAUGUUACAUUUAAUGAUAGCGAUAAACUAAGAACUCUGGAGUGUGAGGUGUCAGGUGCACCAAAUAUGUACAAUUUCAGCUGGUUUCAUUACAGUUAUCACAACCAGCUGAUUAGAAUGUUUACAAAUACUAACAAUAAAACGCUAACCUUACCAAUUAGAGAUUAUAAUGACCUUUGGUACGAGGAUAUCGGCAUUUACAUAUGCAAUGUAACCAACGGCAUUCCGGAUGAUAGUGGAAAUUUAUGGCAGACAGGAAAGAUUGCUGUGAAGAUUGAAGGAAUACCGGUUUUAGUUAAUCCAAAGAAAUACAAGCAUAUUGGUCAUUUUGGUGAGACCUCCAGUAUAAGCAUUUCUGUUUUUAGUUCUUCAAAAGGUUUAAAAGCAGAUUGGUAUGACGAGAGACAAAUUCAUCUUGACAAUAGAAGUUGUGUUCCAUCUGUGAACGAAGCUGAGACUUUCGGAGAAAUAAUCAGUGUAUCUUCGUUUGAAUGCGAGUAUGUGAUAAAGAAUACAACAGAGGAUGAUUUUCAAAACUAUACCGUGAGGGUCACCAAUCAUUAUGGUCAAAACGCUUUCAAUAUAUCGCUUGUGUCUGCAAGAGUACCAGACGAACCAACGAAUAUUCGCUUGCAUUCAACAACAAAUCAAAUUCGUGUAGAAUUCAAACCCGGAUUUAAUGGCGGUAGCGCGCAAAAGAUCCUUAUUGAGUAUAGAAAAGCAUCAGCUGGACCAUGGAUAAGCCUUGAAAUUAGAAACCUUUGUAAACCCUAUGUCAUCCAGAACCUAAAGCCAAACACUGAAUACGAAUUGCGAAUGUAUGCUAUUAACAAACUUGGAAAUAGUACUGUAACGGAUAUUUAUAGAAAAUUUACUAAAGAUGAGACGAACGGUUCCUCAACACAAUACCUCAGUUUUGCUAUUGGAUUUGUCUUCUUAGCCGGCCUAUUUGUAACAUGGUUGCGCUUUAGAAAAGCAAAGAGAAUAGAUGCUCCUAGGUCUAUCCCAAACGAACAGCAAAUACAAGGAGUUGGUGUAAUUGUUAAUAAUAUGUACGGGUCUGCAGUUGAUCCAUCAGCAUCUGCUAGUAGAGAAGACGUAUAUUCAUCGAUUGAGAGACACAGGCAAAAUUUGGACAUUCAGGAAGUGACGUACAAGAUUGCAGGAGAAGGAAAAACUAAAAAGUUCCGGCGUACAGACAGAAAAGAAAGAAACAGAAACAACGAAAGAGGUUCAUCAAAACUGAAUUAUAUUGAUGUUGUCUUUGAACCCAAACCAUGUAUCGGAAAGUUUUACAUUCAUGGAGCUGAUAACAGAACACCAUAUGCAGAUGUCGAUUUUUCAGCAAAAGCAGAACCGCUCAUUAGUUCAGAUGAGGAUGACAUACGUUCUAUUAAUAGGAAGGACAAUGGCGAUGACUUUGUGUCCUUGGAAGACGUUCAGCAGUGGAACAUUACUGAAGAUUGAUAUAUAUAUAUAUGUAUAUUUUUUUUUUUUACUUUUGCUUUCCAUUAGACUAGUGUGUAUUUUCUAUAAAUCUAAGCGAGGUACCAUAUAAUACACGUAUAAAAGAAAACAAAGGUCCAUGUGCCUCCAUGGAAUGUGGAUGUUUUGUUUAGAUCGAUAUCAAUGUACUUAUACGUUUAGGAACUUUAAUGAUGAUGACAAGUCUUAAAUUAUAUAAACGCAAAAUAGACCAUGACAAAUUGUAUUACAUUACUCAGUUGUUAGUUGUGUCAUUGCGUAAGUUAACUGACAUAUUUCUGUGUCGGUAGGUUGCAUGCAGUUUGUGUUGCUCAAUGUUUUGUUUGUUUCCUAUAAACUGUUUGUAUUUU